AAUGCCGUGUUGUACUGCAAUUCAUGUGACCACAAGAGCAAACAUGGCGGAAGUAGACGCGAUGAAGUCUCUGAGCAGCUUGUUAAAUGGAAUCGCACAGAAAGUAUAUUACAACAACAGCGAGAUCACAGAGGAGCUGCUGAAAAGCGAGCUCUACCCCGAGAUGUCGCCAGACGAGUUCACAGCUUUGCACGACAAAAUGAAAGGCCUCUUAAAGUCCAUCGCCACAGCAGACAUGGACCAUGCCCAGCUGGAGGCCUUCCUCACAGCUAAGACCAAGAAACAAGGUGGUGGUGGCUUGAGCGCUGAACAGGCCGCUGCACUCUCUCGUUUCUGGAAGAGCCAACGAGUUCGAGUUAAGGAAAGUUUGGUGGCUCAUAGCCGCUGGGAGCCCAGCCUCAGGGGCCUUUCCUGGAGAGUGGAUCUCCAGGCUGCAGCCAGCAGACGGGGAACAGCUCACAGCGGCCCAGUUGCCCUGGUGGAGCUCGAGCUCGGCAGAACAGGACAAGACUCAGAGUUUGUGUGUCUGGAGUUUGAUGAAACCAAAGUCAAUCAAGUGUUGAAGAAGAUGGCUGACAUCCAGGAGAGCAUCGACAGAAUUGUUCACAGUACCUGAAAGUACUUCCUGAAAGUUUAUCUCAAACAGCAGAGACAGAAAGAUAACUGUGACUAAGAGUGCUGUGUUGAGGCAAAGUUUUUCCACUUGCUCACAGAUUUAUCAGAAAUGAAAGUGGUGUGUACGUGUACAGAUAUACACACCACUAUCAAUUCUAGUAGAUAAUACUUGUGGUCGUCCUCUGAGAAUAAGUGGUCAUUAAAGAAGAACUAUUCCUCUUUUUGCAAUAUAGUUUGCAAAGCUUUGGGAUUCUGGGAUUAUGAGAAAUAAGAAAUGCGAUGAAACUAAAGUGAACAAAAGCAAUGUAUUACAAUAUAAUUGUAGAUAUUGUAAAACUAAAUAAGAAGUAUCCCACGUGUAAUUGUUUUUUUAUUAUUAUUAAAAGGGACAGAAAGAUUAA